UUGGAAAAACAGUAGGUGGGGUUUUGGUGAAGGUGUACAGACUGUACUCGACAUCGAGAGUGAGCAAACACUCACUUAAAGGGACUGAAAGAAACAAACCGCAUAUGUUAAGGUGAAGCUUCAGCUGCAACAACAGCGACGCGUAUUUUACAGAUUUAUUUCGCAGCUCUCUUCGGUGUAAUUUGAGCUGAAAGGUCCGGACAGCAGCAGGACUAAACAUAAACGCAACCAGGAUGGAUGCGGCUCCAGGAUAAAAGUGAAUCAUGUCUUCAGCUGUUUUACUGUCAGUUUUGCUGGUGUUUCACCAGCAGGUUUCCUCGGACUCUUAUGUCUUUAGGAGCCGAACUGGUGUCGGAGUAGUCAGGGGGUCCUCAAACACAACACUUGCCAUGAUGUCUGAAAACAACAACAACAACGACGAGGUCGGUGUGAAAGCUGAGAACUGUGACCGUGUGAUGAACCUCAGUGCUGCGGAACGCUGUGAGUUUGUGAAGAGCACACCGGACUGUAACAUGGAGGACGGCUUCAUCAACUACCUUAGCUUGGCCUUCUGUCUGCUUCCACCUGACCUCACACCUCUCACCAUCACUCUCUGUAUUAUAUGGCUGCUCUUUUUGUUCGUCAUUCUCGGACUCACUGCAUCUAAGUUUUUCUGUCCCAACUUGUCGGCCAUCUCUACCAGUCUGCACCUCACUCAUAACGUGGCCGGUGUGACUCUUCUGGCUCUUGGGAACGGAGCUCCCGACAUCUUUAGUGCCAUGGCAGCUUUCUCCCACCCACACACUGCUGGGCUCGCUGUCGGAGCUUUAUUUGGAGCUGGUAUUUUUGUCACCACAGUAGUUGCAGGCAGCGUGGCGCUAGUCAAGCCUUUCGCUGUGGCCUCCCGACCUUUUCUGCGUGAUGUCAUCUUCUACAUGGCGGCUGUGUAUUGGACGUUCCUUAUCCUGUACAGAGGAACCACGACACUGGCAGAAACACUAGGUUAUCUGGGCCUCUAUGUGGUGUAUGUGUUGACUGUAGUUAUUAGCGCGUACAUCUACAACAGGCAGAAACAUUCGAUGAACGGAAGUGUCCGAAAUGUUGCUCAUAUUCCAGCAGAGUUUCACUCGUCUGACUCAUCUGAUGAUGACGUUCCUUGUUUAGGUGCUGGGACAAUCCAGCAGGAAUAUGAGUCAGAGUACAGGCCUCUUCUGCCUUACUCUGAGUCCACGAGUCAGAUCCUGCUGAGCUCUCUCAACCCAGUGGACAACAGGAAGUGGAGGAGGAAAUCAUGGAGCUGGAGAGUCCUCAAAGUCCUGAAGACACCUCUAGAGGUCCUGCUGCUGCUCUGUAUCCCUGUGGUUGAUCCUGAUAAAGAAGACAAGAACUGGAGACGCCCGCUGAACUGUCUUCAGCUCACCACUGCUCCACUGGUGUGCGUGCUCUCCUUCCAGUCUGGAAUAUAUGGAGAUUAUAUGAUCCAAGGACAGUUUCCCCUCUGGCUGCUGACUCUCCUUCUGGGACUUUUCCUGUCUGGCAUUGUCUUCUGCACCACAACCAACGACUGUCCUCCCAGAUAUCACCCCCUGUUUGCUCUUUUGGGCUUUGUGGUGAGCGCAGUGUUGAUCAGCGCUGCGGCCUCUGAAGUGGUCAGUCUUCUGCACAUGCUCGGUGUGGUACUGAGUCUCAGCAGCACCGUGCUGGGUCUGACUCUGCUGGCCUGGGGCAACAGCAUAGGAGACUGUUUUUCUGACAUCACCAUUGCACGGCAAGGCUACCCACGGAUGGCCAUAUCUGCCUGCUUUGGAGGCAUCAUUUUCAACAUGCUGUUAGGAGUGGGUUUGGGAUGUCUGGUGCAGAUGAUUAAAACACAAUCUGAUGUGCAGUUUGAACCAGAGGGACCGUUGACAUGGGUUCUUGCAGGAUCUCUGGGUUUGUCUUUGGUUCUGUCCUUUGUCAUUGUUCCUAUGUGCCGGUUCCACUUGGGUCGGACCUACGGGAUCUUUCUCCUCAUCUUCUAUGCCAUCUUCCUCGUCAUUGCAAUGCUCACAGAAUUUGGCAAGAUCCGUUUUGUAUAGACCCGACACUGAGGCCAGUAUGACACUGAGAGACAUCCUGCUAUGAUGUAAAAUGACACUGGAACAAUGGCGGCACUGAGCAUGGACGGAUGACAUCUUCUACACAUAAUGUUAAUGCACUAUUUAUACAAGAAUCAACAGUACAUCUGUCUGCUACCUAGAGCCAUGCUGUGAUUGGUUCAUGAAACCAAGCAGGCAACUUAAGGAUGAACAGUUUCCUGCUCAGGGAGAGUUGAAACUAACGUGCCUUGCCUCAGCCUCUUGUUUGUGCUGACUGGAGCUACGAUGGCACUUUUUGAGUCCCAAGGGACUGUAAAAAAAUAUGUGGAGUUAAGCAUUUGUACUUUGAAACUUUGAUACAUUAAAUGUACUGUCAAUCAAACAUUAUGUAAAAAUGACCUUGUACAAAGCUGCUUUUGGGGAAAUAAACAACUUUGGUUUGGUA